CGCAUUUAAAUAUUUCUCAUUAUUUUCAAAUCCUUUUAGCCAAAAAUGGCUCUUCGAGCUUACGUUACCAUAUUCUUCUUUUGUAUUUUCCUUGGACCGACCGUGUUCGGGUACGACCAAAAAGACGUGAAAUCGUGGUGCAGCAAAACUCCGAACCCGAAACCAUGCGAGUAUUUCCUGACCCACAACCCGAACCAUCGACCCAUCAAAUCCGAAUCCGAGUUCCUAAAAAUCUCCAUGAAGCUGGCUCUGGACCGAGCUUUGCUGGCCAAGAGCCAUGCAUUCACGUUGGGACCAAAGUGCCGAGACUCGCGUGAAAAGGCUGCAUGGGAAGAUUGUCUUAAGCUCUACGAUUACACGGUCUCCAAACUCAACGAAACCGUCGACCCUUACGUGAAAUGUUCCAAAGUCGACGCACAGACAUGGCUCAGUUCCGCCCUGACCAAUCUCGAGACAUGUCGGACCGGUUUUAUCGAACUCGGAGUGCCGGAUUUUCUCUUACCCCUGAUGUCUAACAAUGUUUCCAAGCUUAUAAGCAACACGCUCGCCAUUAACAAAGUGCCCUUUAACUACACACCGUCACAAGAAAACGGGUUUCCCGAGUGGGUCCGACCCGGCGACCGGAAGCUUCUGCAGAGCUCGACGCCUCAAGCCAACGUCGUGGUGGCGAAAGACGGGUCGGGUAAUUUCAGGACGAUAAAAGAAGCGGUCAACGCUGCUUCGAGGCGGUCCGGAAGCGGUAGGUUCGUGAUAUACGUGAAACAAGGCGUGUAUAACGAGAACAUAGAGAUAAGGGCGAAGAAUAUCAUGUUGAGAGGUGAUGGAAUUGGGAAGACGAUCAUCACCGGAAGCAAAAGUGUUGGAGGUGGAUCUACCACGUUCAAUUCCGCCACUGUUGCUGUGGUCGGAGACGGGUUCAUAGCGCGUGGAAUCACGUUCCGUAACACCGCGGGUCCAAACAACGGUCAAGCCGUGGCUCUAAGAUCCGGGUCGGAUCUGUCCGUAUUUUAUCAAUGCAGCUUCGAAGGUUACCAAGACACGCUCUACGUCCACUCCAACCGUCAGUUUUAUCGCGAGUGCAAUAUUUACGGAACGGUAGAUUUUAUAUUCGGAAACGCGGCCGCGGUCUUCCAGAACUGCAACAUUUUCGCACGCCGUCCGCAAAACAAGACCAACACCGUCACGGCCCAGGGAAGAUCCGACCCGAACCAGAACACAGGGAUCGUCAUCCAUAAUUCCCGGAUCACGGCCGGGUCGGAUCUCCGACCCGUUUUGGGAUCCGUCAAGACGUAUCUGGGCCGGCCGUGGAGGCAGUACUCGAGGACCGUGGUCAUGAAAACGUUUCUUGAUGGCUUGAUCGAUCCACGUGGAUGGCUUGAGUGGAAUGGGAAUUUCGCGUUGAGGACGUUGUUCUACGCUGAGUAUCAGAAUACGGGUCCGAGUUCUUCGACCGGGGGACGGGUCACGUGGCCCGGAUUCCGGGUCUUGAGGACCGCAUCGGAGGCGUCAAGGUUCACUGUCGGAAAUUUCAUUGCCGGAAACUCAUGGAUUCCGGCCACGAAUGUGCCUUUCACCUCUGGUCUCUGAUUGAUUAGAUACCGUGGAAUCUGUAUGUCUACGCAAUUAGUUUGGGGAAUAAAUAAAAGGCCGAAUCUAGUGAUUGUUUGUAGUAAUUGUAUUUUUAUUUUCAAAAAGAUUGUUAUAUUUGUAUACAUUGGGUUAAUAAAUGAUUAAUUUCUCUGAUA